ACUCAAAAAAACGAAGCAAAACCGCCUUCUCUCUCUUCACUCCCUUUUGCCUCCACACAUUUUCUCGAGAAAAUUUCCCGGAAAAUCCCAUCCUUGUCUUUCUUUCCACUUCAUCCAUUUUCUGUACCUCUCUCUUUACCACUUUGCUCACUCUGCUCUCAGUUUCUCGCCGCAUCCACUUGUGGCGGGAACUCGGAGUUUCCGUACAUCUUCGCAUUCUAGGGUCUUCGUUCUCUAUACACUGCAUUUGGGUCUGGUCAUAUCUGGUUGAUUGCUGAGAAAGGAAGUGAGUUACGACAAUGCCUCUCCUGAAAAGAAAGCCUUAUGUGCUGUCAGAACUGCCUACAGAUUUGAAGCCUCGCCAGCGUGUGUAUCAAAUUCGUUUCACAAGAGAGAUAUUUAGAGACUAUGAUGAAUAUUUGACCAAGAUUAAUCUAUACCGUCAGAGAGUUUGGACAUGUAAAGUUACUGCAAAAACUAACUUGACGUAUGAGGAAGCAUUGGUAUCAGAGCUCAAUGCAACUGAAAAAAUUCAGAAGUUCCCAUAUGAGCUAAUUCCAUCUGUGCUGCAAACUGUUCAAUUCAGCAUGCUCUCAUUAAAAGAUCUCGUUAGCACAAUAACUGAGAAGUUACAGUACCAUUUGUUGGUAGGCGAGGAAUUGUAUGGAAAGAGGGAUGAUUGUGUAUCUUUAUGCCAAAUAAUAAAAGUUCUGGAGGAAGUUGACAACAAAACCCGGUAUGAGGUGGCUUGGCUUGACAAAGAUAAGAAAAGAAUUGGAACUGCAGUGGUAAAUGCAGAAGAUCUGAUACGGAAAAAGCUGCCUUUUACUAGAGAAGUUCUGAAGUCCUUUAUACGAGAAUCUACUUACCGAAAUGUUCCUUGGGUGCUUCAUGACAAAUGGGCACAGGAGCAUGCAAUCUCAACUGAUCCUCCAGAAGAGAUAAGAAGCAAAUAUUUCUUCAAGGAUGGUCAUCUAGUCAUCAAUAAGAAAAAACGGAAAACUGAGGAUGAUAAGCAAAACAUCACGGAAACAAGAAAUGGGCAAGUUGGGAAAUCUAAGAAUAAACUGGAAAGGGAGAAAUCUGAAGGUUUGGUCAUGGAAAGGAGUGCUGAAAAAGAAGAUUUUGAACCAAAGAAAGAACCCAUCAACUAUCCAAUUGAUGAUCUGUUGGUGCGGCCUGGUCCAGAUGAUCCAGUUUUCACUGACCGACCCUCUCCAUCAAGGGAUUUCACUGUUCCAAUGGAUUGUGUUGGGGAUCUUUUAAUGGUUUGGGAUUUUGUUUCAUCUUUUGGCAGGCUGUUGCAUUUAUUCCCAUUCUCUCUCCAAGAUUUUGAGAAUGCCAUAUGCCACAAAGACAGCAAUCUGAUUAUCAUUGUGGAAACAUAUUCUGCUCUUCUUCGCUUGCUUGUAAAAGAUGAUGGGCAAUAUUUCACUGCUAUACAGGAAAAAAAACGGAAGCCAAAGAUAACGAUGAUCACUUGGACAGAGUAUCUGUGUGAUUUCUUAGAAAUGAUAGAAAUGCCUGAACUGUCUUCUUGCAUACCAACAAUUAAGCGAGGUCAUUAUGGCCUUUUGGAAACUCAUGCUAAGUUAGGAAUAUUUAGAGAGUUGAUUGCCCAAUCCCUUGCAACUGAUCUUGUUAGGAAGAAGUUGGAUGAAUAUAUUGAAGAGCGCCAGACACUUGCAGCCACAAAAAGGGGUGAAGCAAUUGAAGAAGGAAGAAAGAAAAGAGAAGAGAAGGAACGGUUGAAGGCAGAAUCUGCUGCUGUUCAGGAAGCUAAUGGGCAUGGUCCGGAGAAUAACAAUACCAGUGAUGAUGCAUUAGGAAACAGUGAUGGGAAAAAAAGUUCCAAGAAGCAGAAGGUGGAUGUGAAAGACCAGCCAGAAAGUGGAAAAGAUCCCUCUAAGAAGGAAGCAAACAAAAUGACUCUGCAACAACCAAAGGCUGAUAAGAAGGAAACAACUGAAAAGAAGAGUAUAGAACAGAGGAGAGAAUAUCUCCAACGAGAGAUAGACAAACGGUUUAUACGCACAGAGCCCUUGGGAAAAGAUAAAGACUAUAAUCGGUAUUGGUUUUUCCGGCGGGAUGGAAGGAUAUUUGUUGAGAGUUGGGACUCCAAGCAAUGGGGCUACUACAGUACCAAGGAAGAGCUCGAUGCAUUCAAAGGAUCACUGAACCGCAAAGGUGUGAGAGAGAGGGCUCUUCAAAGCCAGCUAGAAAAAUCUUAUAGCAAAAUAUGCUUUGAACUGCAAAAGAGAUCAAAAGAUGUAGCUCAAAAGAUAGCAAUGGAAGAGGCUGUGCUGCGGAGGUCUACCCGGGUGAGGGCUCCACCCAGGGAUAACCCUGCUGUUGCUUUCCUCAAGUAUGUCAACAAGUGGAAGGAAGACUAAUUUGGCUUAUGCGUAUGAUAUUCAAGGCUAAGGUAUUAAGCUCAGUAUACUUUGCCCUUUGUUUUAGAAUAUCAAUCUUUAUUUCUCCAAUUUUUUUUUGGGACAAUUUGUGGGAACCAUGAUCAAGGUGGCGGCGGGAAUGGCCAUCUUUUUUUUUUGGUUUCCAGUCCUAUCAAAGGUGGAAGAACAAUCUAAUUGGGAUUGAGCCUCAAUUUUUGUACAUGACCUUCAGCAUUCUCAUAUUAAACAGGCAUAUAGUUAUGGAAAAACAUGAUCUAACACCAUUUUGUUUUCCUGUUUCUCCAUCAUUUUUUUUUCUGUUGGAUCACACAAUUUGGUUUUUAUCGGGCUCUGUUGAGUGUUUUGGACGUUUUUAGCAUACAUUUAUAUUUACUUCAAUGGAUAUGAUUUUUGCAA